AUGUUACUUAGGGCUGGUUACUGUAACGGAAGGACUAGCGGUGAGCCUUAUCUGUUCUGGCAGCAACUUGUUUUCAAGAUUUCAGUGCUACAUCUGCCUGGCCUUGCUCUUGCUGCUUGGAUGUUAAUUUGCUUCUAUGUAUCCGUGGAUGGCUAUCCCAAUGGAAAAGUAAGAGGAGCCUGCACUAGCAUGAUACCUUGUCAUGGCAGCUCUCCACAGCUGACACCUGAGCACACCAUUACAGUGAAUGGGACUGAAUUUAAACCAGGGGACAUAAUAGAAGUUUCUCUGUCUGGACCAGAUUUUGAAGGAUUUUUCAUACAAGCCCGGGAUGCAGAAGACCUGGAUAGCUCUGCAAUUGGUUCUUUCAUGUUAGUUGACAGGAGAGUUUCUCAGCUUCUGACAUGUGGCCGUACCAAGAAUUCAGCUGUCAGUCACACAAGUAAAGCAAAAAAGAAAUACAUAAAAGUUUAUUGGUUUGCUCCUGGAGAUGCACCAAAGCAUGUACAGUUUCUAGCCACAGUUGUAAAGAAAUACAGAAUUUUCUGGGUGAAGAUUCCUGGUCCCAUUGUUUCUCAGCCUAAUGCACCAUCCCCAACAGCACCCCUACAUGCAACAUCAGAGGCCAUAUCAACUUCGCACCCAUUUUCCUACUUAUCAAAGCCAUUUAAUGCAUCAGGUUGUGGAAGUACAAAGUUCUGCAUUAGGAACCCUUCAAACUGUGAUCCUGGAAGUGCUUCUUGUUUUUACCUAUCCUUCCAAAGAGAGAAGAGUUCCGUAUUAAUUGAAAUGAGUGGUCCAAGUGAAGGGUAUUUAGCAUUUGCAUUGUCCCGUGACCAGUGGAUGGGUGGUGAUGAUGCAUAUCUGUGCAUUAAUGAGGACCACCAUGUUCACGCAAGCACUGCCUAUCUGAAGGGGCGAAGUCCUCCUCUUUUGGAUUCAGAGAAUGCCCUUGAAGAUGUGUCAUGGAGGCUUGCGGAUGGUGUUCUUCAAUGUUCUUUCAGAAGGAGUAUUUGUCUUCCUGCUUAUAAAGAGAGAUUUAAUCUGGAUUCCAGUUACUACAUCUUCAUGGCAGAUGGGGAAGUUGAUGAAGGUGGAUUAAUAUACAAACAUCAUCGUCAGCCUCUGGUCACCAAUGGAAGGUACAAUGUCACAGGCCUUCCUCAGGAUAUCGGAGGUUCCCGGUCCCCGUGGCUUAUCAAGGCUCAUGGAGCGCUAAUGUUUAUUGCUUGGAUUACCACAGUUAGUGUUGGCGUUAUUGUUGCACGAUUUUUCAAGCCUGUCUGGUCUCAUUCACUCCUGUUUGGAAAGGAGUUGUGGUUUCAGGUGCAUCGUGUGCUUAUGUUGAUCACAGUCAUGCUUACAAGCAUUUCUUUUGUGUUGCCUUUUAUAUACCGAGGAGGUUGGAGUCGACAAGCAGGUCUUCAUCCCUAUCUUGGCUGUACUGUGGUGGCUCUGACAAUCCUUCAACCACUUAUGGCAGGUUUCAGACCAUCUCGUCAUGCACCAAGGAGGCAACUGUUUAACUGGUUUCAUUGGGGUACUGGGACGACAGCUAGAAUACUAGCUGUAGUGACUAUGUUCUUGGGAAUGGAUCUCCCAGCACUUGACCUACCAGACCCAUGGGACACCUAUACAGUGAUUGGUUUUGUAACUUGGCAUGUCAGUAUUGAUGUUCUUCUGGAAAUACACAGCUACUGUCUCGUACUUAAAGCUGAAAUGAUAGAGGAUGACAGAGUACAGAUACUGCAGUCACUCACAUCUGCAGAAGCAGAGGGUCGUCUGUUUAAACAAGUUGUGUUAAUCAUCUAUGUCUGCGGAAAUAUAAUAUUCCUUAUUGCCUUUUUGGCAGCAAUCAGCCAAAUAUAA